AUGCGAAUUUUCCUCCUCUUCAUUCUCGUCGCUCUGCAACAAUUUGUCGACAGUCGCGGAGGUCGAAGAGGAGGGAAGGGCAAAGGGAAAAGCAAUCUGCAAUUCGCACAAGUAGCCGAGUUCUCAUUGAUUCAAACACAACUCGCCGACAAUCGGAGUGCUCACAUUGUUACUGGUUCACACUUCAGUCAGACAUUUCGUCUCGGAUACAAGUUAAUUAUUAUUUGUAAAGCAAAAGGAGAUCCACGACCAACCAUAAAAUGGUAUAAAGAAGGCGCUGAACUUCAUCCAAAGCAUAACACUCACUACUACGAGAAACCACUCGGUGAAGAUAUGCUCUGGAGCAAGUUGGAAAUAGAUCCAGCAACGAUGGGUGAUCAAGGAGUGUAUGCAUGCGUUGCCAACAACCAGCAUGGAGUGAUGGCAAAGAACUUCAAGGCUGAAUACACCUAUUGA